AUGUGCCUGGGCAGGACCGAGGAGGAGAAGGCAGCAAAAAUCAGUGAUAGUACACACAUAAAGCAUCUCUCGAUGGGUGUAAAGUCUAAAGCUAAUAAGGCUCGUCUCAGAAAUAUUCAGUCUGCACUUUCCAAGUCCCGCAAAGCCACAGUCGAAAAUGUCUCUGACUCUGAGGAGGACUCCAGCUGCAGUGAUUCUGAAGAUGAUAUGGAGUUCAGUGUGGAAGAAGAGGGAGAUAUACAGGAUGAAGCAGCACUUCUCACAUUCUCAGAAAUCCUCUUUCAAGCACAGAAUACUGCUGCCGAAGGGGAAAGACAAAGGUCAAAAGGUGCCGGAAGGCCAAAGCAUUACACUGGAAACUCAACUCGGACUCUACGACGUCAUGCUCUGAAAAGGACAAGGAUUGCAGGAACAAAUCAGACUUUCAUCAGCAGCUGGAUGACAAAGAAGCCAGAAUUCGAAGUGGAGGGUGUCCGAGAUGAAGGCACUGAAGCCCCAUAUGAGCCAAGCCCUGUUCGAGAGGAGGAAGAAGAAUCUUCCGAAUCAGCAUCAAAUUCAUCUGGGGAUUCCAUGGGAAAGAAUCCAUCUCGAUCAUCACCUUUUGAAAUAUUAUUCAGCGAACAGGAGGAACAAAUUCAGAAAAUGCUGGAAGACGUCCUGAAUGGACAGCCACCCUGCGAUGACAGUCCAGAGACAUUCACAGAUUCAGUUCUCAACGCUCUUGAUUACAAAGACUUCCCUGCCUUACAUCGGGCUCGAGAAAAAAUUGCAGCGAGCAGCAAAGACAAGAAGCUUGAUGUGGUUUUCUGA